AACGGGAGAAACAAAUCCUGUUGUGACGGAUUUGAACCUUCGAGCUGAAACGGUUCGUUACCGACAAUAACCGCCAUGGCUUCUGGCUCUCCGUCGUCCUCUCCAGACACUGCGACGGGCUCCGGUACGGAUCCAGCCCGUCCCGACACAGGAGAGCCUCUCGGUGGAGCGGGCUCCGACUCAGAUUCGGACUUGGGUUUAAGUAAAUUUGACUGCUGUGCAAUAGAGAUGGGGGAACGACUGGAAGGCGAAGAGCUGGAGCGGGAGUUUGAGGCUGCAGCAGACCGCGUCAGAGAUUUGGUCCAGACGGCCAGCAGGGACCAGCUGCUCUACUUGUACGCCCGCUACAAACAGGCCAAAACUGGAAAGUGUAAUAUACCAAAGCCUGGCUUCUUUGACUUUGAAGGACAGAGAAAAUGGCAAGCAUGGAAGCAGCUCGGUGACAUGGAGCCAGAGCAGGCAAUGCAGGAGUAUAUAUCCUACGUGAAUGUCUUAGACCCUGAAGGCAGCACAAAGGAAAGAGGAGCAGAGCGACGAUCAGUGUUUGGAGGAGCAGCAGUCAGCUGUCUAUAUCAGGAGGAGAUGAUCAGGGAAGAAGACAAGAACAUCUUUGACUACUGCAGAGAAAAUAACAUCGACCACAUUAGCAAGGCUAUCAUCUUCCAGAAAUUGGACGUCAAUACUAAAGAUGAAGAGGGUCGUGCUCUUCUACACUGGGCCUGUGACCGAGGACACAAAGAGCUGGUGUCUAUGUUACUGGAACACAAAGCGGACAUCAACAGUCAAGAUAAUGAAGGACAGACAGCGCUACAUUAUGCCUCAGCCUGUGAGUUCGCUGAGAUCGUGGAGCUGCUGCUGAAUGCUGGAGCCGACCCGUCCAUCAAAGACAUGGAGGGCUCUCUUCCUGAGGAGGUCACUGAAUCCAGUGCCAUCUCCUCCCUCCUGCGUCAGUACACUGCUCCAAAAGGCUAGACCCCCAACCCCACCCCACCCCAUCCCAUCUAUACCACCAUCUCGUCAUUUCCCAUGUCUUCGUCUUAUCUGUGCUCCCCUCUUUCACCUGUCCCUCCUCCAUCCCUGAAGAGACUGUGCUGGAUUUGGAUUUGGCCCGGGCAGUGUAGGAUUUGUUGACCUGGACUGCUGAACUUAGUUCUUGUUUAUUUUGUCAACGACUUUUUGAGUUGAGUGUGAUUUCAGUGUUUUUGCUCCUCUGAGCCGCAACUGUAAACAUCCCAUUUAAAGAAGCGGAUAAGAUUAAGGGGACCGCAUGUAUUUUCGUUUGAAUAUACUGUAUAUUGAGUACCUGCACUGGGUGAUAUGAUUACUGGGAGCUGCCUGUAUCUUCAAUAAAUAUCUCAAUUACCUUGUUGAAAAAGAUCUUCUCUGGCAGGAUGGCUUAUUAGCAAUAUUUGCUUUUGUGCGCCAAUGUGAUAAAGUAUCUGUAUUUAUCAGAUAUAAAAUUCACUAGAGGAACCAAAAUAAAAUGCAUUCCCUUCAAUUUCUUUUAUACAAGUGGUAAAAAGUCAUGUAACUUUACAAAAUGACUAUAAAUUAUUCAUCAACACAACAUAAUGUGUACACCACUGAAGAUAUUGUACAUAUCGCCCACUUCUACUGCUCAGGGCUGACCUCCAGCUAGGCCUUUCAGCCUGGGUCAGUCCUCUCUGACCACUUGUUGGUCUUUCAGUUGUGUUGCAUAUUGAAGAUUGCUCCAGUUAUUUGACAUAUAUCAACAUUAAAGUCUUCGAUGAGUUUC